AAAAAUCGCCCCCCCCCCAAAGAUCUGGAUCCGCUAGUGUGUAUAACCCUUGUUAACAAACACUGUUAGUGAACAUUUUUACCAAUUGUGUGAUCUAGUAGGAGGCAGCUGCAGAGCUCUUCAAAUUGAUAUUGAAUAUACAGCUUUACACCAUGACUCUGGUUGUCCUCGUGUCCUUGUGUGCAGUGUUGACUCUGUCUUACGCGAAUCCUCUUAACCAUCAUAAUUGUAAAAUUAAUGGAAAGACUUACAAGAACGGAGUAAUUAUUCGGGUUCCAGAAAUUUAUUGUAACACUUAUAAAUGUGUAGAUGGAUAUCCAAGCCUUUUGGAGAAAGGUUGUGACUGGGAAGGGGAAUGUAUUCCAGUCAAAGGGACAUUAGUUAAAAACUGUAAGACCUAUACUUGUUCUAAAUCUACGGAAGGCAGCAGCAUCUCAUUACUGGAAAUAGAUUGUGACUUUAAAAACAAAUGCACUCCAGUCAAUGGGACAUUAGUUGAGGACUGUAUCACCUAUACUUGUUUUUUGUAUGAGAACGGUGAUGAAAGAAUAGUCAAUAUGUCCUCCACUAAAAUAAUGUGUGAAGACAAAGAUGGCAUUUGUCGUAAUCCAGGAACUGAAUUUAAAUUAGUUGUAAACGAUAAACUUUCUGACAAUUGCACAUGUGAAAUUAAAGAGAACUCGAUUGAUUACAAGUGUAAUAAGGACAUCUGCCGAAGACGGAAAAAGCCUUCUGUUUAAGUACAAGAUCAUUAAAGCUUUGUCUCAUUCUGGAUAA